CUUGUGUGUGCGCGACUUCGGUGUGACGUCAUCAGUAUGAGACAAGGACUGAGUGGCAGCGGGUGAUUGCUGAGUUUAACGGUGUUUCUGAGGAAAAAGAGCCGGAGGGAAGAGGAACCAUCAGCCAUGGCUUCUCCGCUCAAAGUCUGCAUAGUGGGCUCCGGAAACUGGGGCUCAGCCAUCGCCAGAAUCAUUGGAAGUAAUGUCAAGUCGUUGCAGCAUUUUGCCGACACGGUGAAUAUGUGGGUGUUUGAAGAAAGCGUUAACGGCAAGAAGCUCAGUGACGUCAUCAAUACGGAGCAUGAAAACGUCAAAUACCUGCCUGGAUAUAAACUGCCAGAGAAUGUGGUGGCUGUUCCAAAGCUGUGUGAUGCUGCGGACGGCGCUGACCUGCUUGUGUUUGUGGUCCCUCACCAGUUCAUCAGGAAGCUCUGUGAUGAGAUGGUGGGUUGUGUCUCCACGAAUGCUCGAGGAAUCACACUCAUCAAGGGGAUCGAUGAAGGUCCUGAGGGCCUGAAGCUCAUCUCUGACAUCAUCCGAGAGAAGAUGGGGAUUGACGUCAGUGUCCUCAUGGGAGCAAACAUCGCCAACGAAGUGGCCGCUGAGAAGUUUUGUGAAACCACUAUAGGCAGUAAGAUCCUGGAGAAUGGUCAACUGUUCAAGGAGCUGCUGCAGACUCCUAACUUCAGGAUCACAGUGGUGGAUGAUGCGGAUACCGUGGAGCUGUGUGGAGCUCUCAAGAACAUUGUCGCUGUGGGCGCGGGCUUCUGCGAUGGGCUGCGGUGCGGUGACAACACCAAGGCAGCCGUGAUCCGUCUGGGGCUGAUGGAGAUGAUAGCCUUCGCCAAACUCUUCUCCAAAGACGGCUCUGUUUCUACGGCGACUUUCCUGGAGAGCUGCGGCUUGGCCGACCUCAUCACCACGUGCUACGGUGGCCGCAAUCGACGAGUGGCAGAGGCCUUCGUUACAACAGGAAAGAGCAUCGAGGAGCUGGAGAAGGAGAUGUUGAAUGGUCAGAAGCUCCAGGGUCCGGCCACUUCAGCUGAGGUCUACCACAUCCUCAAACAGAAGAACAUGGUGGACAAGUUCCCUCUCUUCACAGCAGUCUAUCAGGUCUGUUUUGAGGGCAAGCCGGUCCAAGAGAUGAUCUCCUGCUUGCAGAGCCACCCAGAGCACAUGUGAUCCCCGCCCAACAGGGGGCAGCAGAGCACAACACUGUGCGCUCUGUGUCAGUGGAUCAACCUUGCUCAGCAUUAACACUUCCAGUCAAACUAAUAUGGACACAGAGAAACCAAAAAAGCAAAACUGCCAUAUCUAUCCAUCUAUCUAUCUAUCUAUCCAUCUAUCUAUCCAUCUAUCUAUCUAUCUAUCUAUCUAUCUACUAACUAACUACUUGAGUCUUAUAAUUUCAUUUGUCUGUAUCAUUUUGACUAUUUCUGGGAUCAUUGUUUUUUAUUUGUAUGUUUAUGUGUCUCAGUGGUUCCCAAACUUUUUAGCCGCUGACCCCCAAAAACGGC